CAGGCAGGUAUUAAAAAGAAAAGUUCAUUAAGAGACAAAUCUUCUAAACGAUCACAAUCAGAUAGAAUAUCCCAAUUUAAACAAGAAAUAGCCAAUGACAACAAUGACAAUAACACUACUAACACAUCAGAAAUAUCAUCAUCAUAUCAUGAAAAUCCUUUUUUAAAAUUAGCUAAAAGUACUAAAAAAGAAAAACAACAAGUGAAAUCUGAUAAAUUUGUUAAUAAAUUAAUUGAUGAUUCAAUUAAAAUCAGUAAAUCAUCAUUAAGAAGAAGGAAAAGAAAAGCUCGAGAACAAUUAAAACCAAAAUUAGAUGAUUUAUUAACUAAUCUACCUUUAACAACAAAUAAUAAUUCAAUACAACAACAAAUUAAUCAAUCAAGAGAAGGAGAAAAAAUUGAUAAUUCCAUAUUUAUUAAUAAAAAAAUCAAUAAAAAUCAUAUUCCUAAUCCUACAAAAGCUAGUGGUAUUAAACAAAUUAUGAAACAAGAAAGUAUAAUUUUCCAAAAUGCUUUAAAAAUUAGAGAUUCUAAUUUUUCAUCUUUAAAGAAUAUGAUUCAACAAAAUUUACAAAAUAAUAAUAAUAAUAAUAAUAAUAAUAAUCACCAAUAG